AGAAGGGUUGAGUUAUAGCUAUUUGCUAACGCCUUAAAGGCAAAUAAAGCUGCUGCAAAAUCGUUCUAACGUCUUUGUUCACACCUCACACUCACACCCUCUUUUCAAAUUCAUAACUACUGAAACAGAUACAUAAUCCAUAACGCUUUGUCUUUCUUCUAACACCUCGACAAAUCAUGAAGAAGCCAACUCUGGCAACAACAAUUGUAGCUAUUGUUUUCCUUCUUCUUCAUUCUUCGCUCGCUCUCAAGGAAGCGCAAACAUGCGUGGCAAACAGAAACUGCGACUCAGGUUUACAUUGCGAAACGUGUGUGGCAAACGGAAACUUGCGACCACGGUGCACUCGAAUCCAACCAACUAACCCGACUUCAAAGGUGAAGGGAUUGCCGUUCAACCAUUAUUCAUGGCUCACGACUCAUAAUUCAUUUGCGAUGUUGGGUCAGAAAUCGGCCACUGGCGCCCUCAUUCUCUCUCCGACCAAUCAGCAAGAUACCAUCACCGAUCAGCUUAAUAAUGGAGUACGAGGGUUGAUGCUUGACCUGUAUGACUUCCAGAGUGAUAUUUGGUUAUGUCACUCGUUUGGUGGCAAAUGCUAUAACUACACAGCUUUUCAACCUGCGAUCAAUGUUCUCAAGGAGAUUCAAGUAUUUCUUGAGGCAAACCCAUCAGAGAUUGUUACUAUCAUAAUUGAGGAUUAUGUUACUUCACCAAAAGGCCUAACAAAGGUUUUUGAUGCUGCUGGACUAAAAAAAUACUGGUUUCCGGUGUCUAGAAUGCCCAAAAAUGGUGGAGAGUGGCCAACCGUUGAUGAUAUGGUGAACAAGAAUCAGCGCUUAAUCGUCUUCACCUCAAAAUCCGCUAAGGAAGCUUCUGAAGGGAUAGCCUACGAGUGGCGAUAUUUGGUCGAAAACCAAUAUGGAGAUGGUGGAAUGAAGGCUGGUAUGUGCCCGAAUCGCGCAGAAUCGCCGUCGAUGAACACGACAUCAAGAUCGCUAGUACUAGUGAACUUCUUCCGUGACCUUCCGGAUGUUACCAAAUCCUGCAAGGACAAUUCUGCUCCUUUGCUAAACAUGAUCAACACUUGCUAUGAAGCAUCCGGGAAACGAUGGCCUAAUUUUAUUGCUGUUGAUUUCUACAAGAGAAGUGAUGGAGGAGGAGCUCCACAAGUAGUAGAUGUUGCUAAUGGAAAUCUAGUAUGUGGUUGUGGAAACAUAGCCACCUGCAAGCCAAACAUGACAUUUGGAGUGUGCGAGUUACCUGAGGCUGAUGUAGCUCCUCCCCGUGCAGCCGUGGGGGUAGCACCAACGCCACCACCUCCUCACACAAACUCUGCCUGUAAUAAUUGCAAGCCAAUUGCUUUGUUGUGGUUGUUUGCCAUGACUCUUCUUGUUUCCUUCCUUUUCUCAUUGUGAACAUUAAUCCCUCUUUAAUAAUUCAGAAAAAAAAAAAUUAAAGUAGUAGAGAAAAGGUCAUUUAAUUAGGAGAAACCAUUUUUAGGAAAUGGAUGCUUUCAAUUGGAAAAUCCAUCUGUUAAGUGUCAAAUUUUACCAUUAUAUCGAAUUAUUAAUGAUGAAAAUUUACACCUGA